CUUAUCUGAUGUGAAAAACAUUCCUUGUUUGACAGAAGUCUUUUUUUUGUACUUCUUCCCUUCAUUAGACGGCAGUGCCUUUUCGAUACACUUCCCUCCUUUCACUUGACAGUUUCAUCCACUCCUCGACUUCUCAACUUCCCAACCUCAACUUCUCAAAUCCUCAACUCUGUCAAUCAUAACGCCAACAUGAAGUUUCAUUCUCUAGUCGUCACUGCUCUUCUCGGCUCGGCAGCUGCACGUGUUGCAUACACAGCUACCAAAGGUGGUUCUGCAAGGCCAACGAGAACUGGGCUCCCUGGAUAUGAAAAACCACCAAAGGGAGGUGGGCUUCCUGGACUCGCAAAGCCAACAGGGUACGUGAAAAACUUUGCAGCUUUGCCAACAGGAAGUCUCCCAAAAUACGGUGAGGGUGGUGGUGGCGGUGGCGGUGGCGGUGGCUAUGCCCAGCCAACAAAAACUGGUAGCCCUCCAUGUGGUAGUAAAAAGAGCGUAAAAGAUGACCCGAUUAAGAAGGGAGAGGAGGAAACGGGAGGGCUGAAAAAGGGAUGUGCAAAGGCAACCGGGAAAAAACCAUUUGGAACAAACGCGGCUGGCUCAAAACCAACCGGCAAUGGUGGUGAUUAUUAUGGAGGUGGUGGAGGUGGUGGAAGUGAUGGAGGCGAUGAUUAUAGUCCUCCCAAGCCAACUGGAACAUCAAGACCAUUGGGCACCGGCGAUGAUGGUUAUACUGGUGGCUACCAGCCAUACAAAGCUCCUAAGCCAACUGGAACAUCAUUACCAAAAGAUACUGGAGAUGACGGCGAUACUGGCGGUGAUUAUACCCCUUCAAAGCCAACUGGCACAGGAGCAUCAAAACCGAAGGGUACUGGCGAUGGAGGCGAUGGUGGUGAUACUGACGGUGAUUUUAAGCCUUCAAAGCCAACUGGCACAGGAGCAUCAAAGCCGAAGGGUACUGGCAGUGGUUGCAAAGCCAAAAAAGGUGUUGCUAAACCUUCUGGGACAGGAGCACCAAAGGCAAAGGGCACUGGCAGUGGUUGCAAAGCCAAAAAAGGUGCUGCCAAACCUACUGGGGCGCCAACGCUAAAUUAUAACGAUUCUCCAUCUGGAUCCAAACCUACUGGUGUCAAACCCGGUGGCGCCAAACCAACUGGAAGCCUUCCAAAAUAUGGCGCACCUCCAUCUGGUGAUACCAAACCACUAGAUACGAAACCAAAGGACACCAAACCAACUGGUACAGGUACCGCGAAACCGACUGGCACAGCUACAGCCAAGGUAGGAAGGCCCAUGCCAACAACAUAUGAGUAAGUUUAGCGUUCUUUUUGAAUGUUCACAGAAACUAACAGAUCAUCAGUCGCCUCAGACGCUGAGGCUAAACAACACCUUAUUUGUGAGAACUUCAAAAAUAAGACUGUUACCAUUCCAAUUCUUCCCCAUACCCUUCUGAGCGGCAUUUUUCUCCAGCUGGCACUUUUCCAAAAAAAAAAAACUGUACUGCCAUUGCAAAGUGAGAUUCUUGGUCGGCCACUCCCAACUGGCUUUCCGUUCAAUCUUGGCAUAGGUCUACUAUCAAUGCCAACUGGAGUUUGAUAUCAACGGAGGCAGGAGGAAGACCGUCCUAUUACUCUGCAAAAGAAUACCCGUUGAACUGCUUUGGCAGUAUAGGCAUUCGAAAUUUUCAGCAUUUACGUUUGUUUCUUCAAUUCUUGUAUAAUGCAUUUACGUUUGAACUGAUUUCUUUCCUUGGUACUUGUUGGUUGGGAGGCGCAGACGAGGGGUUAUCGAAUAGCAGACCUGGGGGCCAUGUCUUUUCUUUUGUGUUCAUGUUUUGUACUUGGGGGCCAAAGAGAGGCGUUUUUUUUUGUAAGAGACACUGGUUGGAAAAAGAGUUUACCUAGUCUAGCUACACCUUUUGCUCAGAACGUUUCAGCGAAAAAAUCAAUGCUAAACUUUAGCGCCA